CUGUUUCAAGCUAUACAUCUCUAAAAACGCGUAAAUUUGUGUUGUUUUGUCAGCAAUUUAUAUCGCAGCUCGGGUUUUCCCUGCAUGGAUAUGGUCGCACGGGAGCCAUAUCCCGUCCACUCACUAUGCCGCCUCUGCCUGACGUGCCUGGAGCAGGGCCCCGCCCACGAUCUGUUUCUGGAGCCAGAUCUGGCCAAAAAGCUAACACUCUGCACCGCCCUCGAUGUGGACCAGCAGGAUGGAUUUCCCCGGAGCAUCUGCAAUGGAUGCUUUGGGCAGCUGAACGACCUGCAAGCGUUCCAAAAAGUAUGCCUUGACUCUGUGCAACGUUUCAAGGAUAUGGUGGCCGCCAACAGAAUCGUCGCCAUCGAAUUGUUGGAGCCGGUGGCCGAGCAGCCAGCGGAGGUGAUUGUGGGACCGGAGGAGCAGGCCAGCUAUGAUCCGCUGCUAAAUCACAAGCUGGAGAUGAUUGAGAACGAGGAGGAGGUCUUCAAGAUGCUGGUGACGGUGGACAAGAGCGUUUUCUCAGACUUCACUUCCGAAGAGAACGAAGACGACGAGGAGGAGAUGACUGCGGAUGGCUCCACCGACGACGAACUGCCAUUGGCCCAUCGUUUGCUGUCCAAGGAGCGGGCAAAGCGAAAAAAGAUUCCACCUGAAGAGCGUCGCCUGCGUCGUAUCAUCACCUGCACCGUCUGCCAGCAAAAGUUCAAGAAACAAUCGAAAUUCGAUGAGCACAUGAAGUACCACAACGAUCUGCUGCCCUUCCAGUGCGCGGAGGAGUCAUGCCGGAAGGGCUUCACCACAGCCGGUGCACUGCGUCUGCAUGUGGACUAUGCGCACACGAGGAAAGCCGAUGAGAUACCUUGCACCGUGGAGGGCUGCAAGCUGCUGUUUCCCCGCCUGCGGCUGCUCACCAUUCACCUGAAGAAGGUGCACAACCAGACGCGGGUGAGUGCACCGCGGGCGGAGCAGCCCUGCGGCGAGUGUGGCAUGGUCUUCCGCUGUCAGGUGGCACUCAAGAAGCACAUGUACAAGCACACGGGCGAGGAGCUGCCGUACCCCUGCAACAUCUGCGGCAAGGGAUUCCACAUAAAUAGCGCCCUGAAGAACCAUCUGCUGCGGCAUGCGGGCAUCAAGAACUACGUCUGCCCGUACUGCGGCGUGGGCAAGACCACGCGCCAGGAGUGGAGCAAGCACAUGCUGACCCACACCCAGGAGAAGCAGUUCAAGUGCCCCACCUGCGACCAUGCCACGCACACAAAGCGAGCGCUCGACAAUCAUGUGAAGAUCGUACACGAGAAGGUCCGAAACUUUGCCUGCCAGUACUGUGGGAAGACGUUCGGCAAGUCGCAUGCCUGCAAGAUCCACGAGAUGACGCACACGGGAGAGAAGCGCUGCGAGUGCAAGGUCUGUGGCAAGAAGUUCCUCUACACCGAAAGCCUCACGAAACACCUGAAGAUCCACGAGAAGAGCGUGGAGCGUGCCUUGGAGACGUAUCGCCAGCGGCAGGGAGAGACGAACAGCGCUGACCAGGACCAAGUCCAAGUGGAUGCCAAUCACCUGAUGAAAGUCUGCGCCGAAUCGGUGGCCACAAUUCCGCGGGAUCCGCGACGCGUGGAGCGCGUUGACAUGGCCCAGCUGGCGGGCACCGUGGUGAAUCCCAUACCCAUCGUCUCAGUGCCUUCCAGUGCGCCGCCGCAGGCCAAGUUCGUGCAGAAGGAGGGCAUGCAUCUGUGCCCGGGCUGCAAUCAGGGCUUCAACAAUCUGGGCAACAUGAAGCGCCACUACAAGAGCAUCCACGAGAAGGUCAAAGACUUUGAGUGCCGCUUCUGUUCGCGUCGCUUCGCCAAUUCGCAGUCGCUCAAGCAGCACGAGUGGAUACACACUGGUGAGAAGCCUUACGCCUGCAAGACCUGCGGCACACACUUCCGCCAGGAGGCGGCGCUCAUACGCCACCAAAAGGUGCACGACGAAAAGCCACCACGGCCAGCGAAGCCGCCCAAGGAAAUCACAGACAAAGCGCGCCAGAAGCUGCUGCAGAGGUCCGAGCGCAGGCGCGAAGUGGAGGCGCUGCGCCAGGAGAUAGCCCAGGCCGCCAAGGAGGAACUGAAAGAUCUGGAAAAGCAGCGGGCACUGGAGAAGGAGCAGAAUACAUACGAAAAGUAUCAGGCAGCGGCCGAGACAACUUGAAGUUGGGCUGCAGACUGAGCAGAAAGUAUUGUUGGUUAAUAUUUAGCCCAUUGUUAAAAGACUUUUAGCUGAUUUAAGUUACAUUUUAAGAGGUGUCGGGUGUCCCAGCAAAAUGCAGAAUUAAAGUUUUUGCGAUUUUUUUGUAUUUUUUA